AUGCCGCGCCGCACCACCCACUACGCGCCGACCUUUCCCUCAGGCGACGGCGCCUCCGUCUCGACAGCGAGGGUGCCCCAGCUUCUACCAUCGUACACGCCGCAGCAGAGGGGCCGUGGACAGCAGCCGGUCACUCUCGGAUCAGACCGUGAAGACGAGCUGGACGAAGGCGAGGGCGAGGGUGACGGUGACGAACAGGAGGAAGAAGAAGACGAGGAGGAGGAAGAGCAAGAAGAUGAAGACGACGACGACGAAGAAGGGGAACAAGACGAAUUAGAGGCCGUUGAAGGCCAGAGCUAUGAAGAGGAUCUAGAGGAAGAAAAAGAGUCUUCAGCUCCUAUACCGCCUAACCUCCGUGAGAUAUCAUCACUUGCAUCGUGGACUGUCUCAACAUACAAGCCAGGAAGCGGUGUGGCUGCUCUUCGCCAUCCAUCUUCCAACCAGUUCUGGCAGUCUGACGGACCCCAGCCACAUACCCUCUGCCUACACUUCUUUAAGCGCGUCUCCAUUGUCCGAAUUCGCGUGUAUCUGGACUUUGAGCUUGAUGAGAGUUAUACGCCUACCAAGAUGAUCUUCCUAGCCGGCAUGGGUGGUAACGACCUGGUUGAAUUCGCUACUUGGCAAGGCGAGACGCCAUGUGGAUGGGUGGACAUAAACCUUGACGGAGUCGGAGGCAGACACCAGAAGCUAGGUAAACUGCCUGCACGAGAGGAACGGCGCAAGUCAUAUGCUGCGGCCAACAGAUCCGGGGAUAGUGAUGUAUCUGCUCCCGAAGACGAUAGUGACGAAGAUACCCACGACUUGGAUGACGAUGACGGCGACGACCCAUCAGACGGUAACGUCUUGAAGCUGAUGGUGCUGCAGGUCAAAGUAUGUGAGAACCAUCAGAACGGCAAAGACACUCAUGUUCGUGGGUUCCAGGUCUUUGCUCGAGAUGACAAGUACUACGCCCGCGUGGGCAGGGGGGAUAACGGACAGAAGCUGCUCCACCAUGAUCUCGGGGCGAGCGUAUUGCAUUCUGACGAUGCCGAGCAGGAUGCAGAGAAUGCUCCCAAGUUUGACGAAGAGGACUGGAUGAUGGAGCCAGAGCUAAGAUGA